UGCUCGCAGGAGCCGGCCGCCCGGCGCCGCUGGCCGCUAAGGCAGCCCUGCCCGCCGUGCCAGCGUGGACGCCGCCCUGCCAGCCGCCUCCCCGCACGCCCGCUUGCCUGCCCGGCUCCAUCGGCGGCCAGCAGGAACCGACUGGGGGUGUCUGCAAAGGACGGUGAGCUUCUCUUCCUCCAGCCGCUCUUCCUCUUGCGAGAUGGCACGAAGCUGGCAGCAUGGCUGAGCGACGGAAGGCACUGCCUCGCUAGGAAUCAACAGGAGGAAGACUGCCCCGACUCCAGAGAGCACAAAUGAGGACACAAUGAGACCCCAUCUUUUCUGGCUUUUGAACACCAGGUGUGAGCGUGCCCAAGUGUGUUGCCGUCGGUGCGGUGCCACCAUGAAGUAGGCAUCUGGCUGCUGGCGAUCUUGCAGGAGAAAAGGACCCCCUACUCCCAGCGCUGGAGGAUGCGGGGUGUGUGACGGGCCGGGCUCCGCCGCCAUUGGCGAGGUGGGCGUGUUGCGCUGCUGUGAUGGGUGACGCCUCGACCUUGGAUUAUGAACUGCUGUCCCCAGGACGGUCAGAGCCCGGCCCCGGCGCCCUCGGAAUGGAUGCGGAGCAGAAGACGGUUUUCGCCUUCGUCAUCUUCCUGCUGGUCUUCUUGGUAAUGCUGAUGGUGCGCUGCUUCCGAAUUUUGCUGGAUCCUUACAGUCGGAUGCCCGCCUCGUCCUGGACUGACCACAAAGAGGGACUGGAAAGGGGCCAGUUUGAUUAUGCUCUCGUAUAGUUUGAGGUCCGGCUAUGGUGCACCUUGGCCCAUUUGCGGGUGGUUUGUGUGUUGGUUGGGGGGGGCAGGGUGC